ACCAGAUAUCUCACGUCUUUUAACUAAUCAAAACCGGUCAACAAUAUGUCCCUCGGUGGUUUUGAUCCUGGUUCUGUCCUACGGGGCUGCUGAAUCAGCGUGGAACCCACGCGGACCCCACAUAUCAGCCUGUCCAGUCUCCUCUCUCUUUCCCCUCUUCUCUCCCUUCCUCUUAUCUCUCUCACACUCUUCUCUCUGGUGCUCUGGGCAGGAUGGCGCUGUCGCCGACGGGUGGGGAGGAGACCGACGGGGCGAGGCGGGAGAGGAGGUCCGGCGGCAGGCGACAUGGCGGCGGCAGCAGCGGCGACCACGUGACGGCAUCGAAGAUCGCCCACACCUGCAGCGGCCGCCGCAUCCGCGUCUCCCUCCACGUCGACGACCCGCCGGCCGUCUCCCGCCUCUACAUCCACGAUCCACCUCCUCGACACCGACAACCAACCAUGGCCGGACACUUACGACCUCCGACACGCCGAGGUCGUCGCCGCCCACCACGGCUCCAUCCUCUUCCGGACCCGCGUCCCCUUUGCCGACCCGGACUUCGUCGCGCCCGGACACUUUCCCGUCGACUGCUUCGUCUACACCGCCGGCGCCACCGCCGCCUCUCCCCCGUCGCUCACGCAGCUUCCCCGUUGCUUCAUCGACGGCUUCUCCGACCCGGUCGAGGACGAAUACUACAAGCCGUACCAACUCCAGCGACAACAGAUCAUGCUAGACGAGAACAUCGGCUUCCUCUCCUACUCUGGCGACGGCGGCCACGAGUUCAUGGUGGCGGACAUCAGGAACUACCACGGUGAUUCCCUCGAGCUCUGCAUCUUCAACCACCAUGCCAGCUCGCCGUCGCCGUCGCCGGAGCAAUGGAGGAUCCAGCGUCUUGAGAUGCAUCACGCCUCGGCGUGCAAGAUCGGUCACAGCAAGAAGCAGCUCAGCGAUGGGUGAACGACGUCGUGCUCACCCUGCACAGCCGCUACCUGCGCUGCGUCGACUUGUACAACGACAUACGCCUCAUCGACACCAACAACCUGCGAAGCUUCAGCUACAUCCCGCUGCCGGAGGAGGCAAUGACGCACGACCGCCACAUCGAUGAAGACAAGCCCGAUCCGGCUCGCCGUGUCUCCAUCACCAGCGCAGGCUCGAUAAAUCUUGUUUGCAUAGACAACGUCAUCGUACGCAGCGAGAUAAGAAGGGUAAGAGAGAGGAGACUGACCUGGACAUGUUGACAUGUAGGACCACGUGGUUCCCACGCUGACUCAGCAGCCACGUAUGACAAACCCGGGAUCAAAACCAUCAAAUGAUCUAGUGUGACCGGUUUUGAUUAGUCAAUGGACGCGAGAUAUUUACAGUUUGAGGAUGAUGUUGUAACUGGAUGAUAAGUUGAGGGACUUUCGGUGUACUUUUUCCGGCCGAAUAUAAUCUGUUUAGAAUCCAGCCCAUGCGAGAAACUCCUGCUCCGUUUCAGUUCACAGCCCAGUCCGGCCUUGAUUUUACGAUGGGAUGGCCCAAGCCCCAAGGAUCUCG